AUGUUUUUAAAAAUUUAAUUGUCAAUUCAGAUAGAUAUGAGACUUAAUGGCAAAGUAACGUGGGACGAAUUCAUUUCUUACUUGCUGAUAGAAUUUCGGGAUAUAGACACUAGUUUGAGGUCGCAAAUAUUGGAAACACCAUUAAUGAGUUUACCCAAAUUGUCAAGAACGCAUCAUCGCACUCCUGUGUGCAGAAUUACAUUUUGCCCGGAAGUUUUGCCAGAUAGAAGCACGAGUUUCCGCCGAGGUUGUUAUCUAACUGUUAGUCGAGAGGGCGUGAUUAAUUAUUGGUCAUUAGAUCUUAACUAUGAGCGUACUGUGCAGUCUAAGAAUCCGUUCUUAAAAGUGCAAUCUACUGCUAUAACUGAUAUGAUCGUGCUACCGGAUGUUCAGAUAGUAUGCACGAGUUCAACAGAAUGCGAUUUGAGAUUUUACGACGUCGCGGCAAAAAAGUUUGAGCUUCGCUUACUGAUAUCCAGUUUGGAAAAUGCAGUCGUUUGCAUGCACUAUUACUUUAGUAGAAAUAUGAAUGAAAAUUCUUACAUCGUCCUAGGUGAUACGAGUGGAUCUAUUAUAAUCAUGACCUUUAAUCCUAUGGAUAGAGGACCUUUCAAGCAAUAUAUUACAAGUGACUUGAUCAUUUUCCGUUACGACAAUGUCAUUAAAGUAAAAAGUCAUGUAUUGGUAACGGGUGGACCAGACUGCGUGGUUCGCGUUUGGAAUCCAUUUGUCCCCAGGAAAGCAAAUGCUGUUUUGUUGGGGCACCGAUCGACUAUCUGCGCGCUUGUCAUAACUAACGCUGGCAAUCGCAUUUUUUCCUUGUCGAAAGACAGAUGCAUAAAAGUAUGGGACGUUCCAACUCUUAGCUGCAUUCAGACAUACAGCAAAUUACCGCGCGAGCUGAGUGAACACACUCCGAUGACCGUAGUGUUCAACACACUGACCUGUACGAUGAUUAUUGCCAGCAUGAUGAUAGCUGUUCUCGUUUGCGAGCACGUAAUUAACGAGGAAAUCUCGGAUGGCUAUACGCACACCAAGGGCGUCAGUUGUGUUCUCUACAAUCAGCUCUUCCGUGUGAUUGUUUCUACAGGAUUAGAUUCAUGCAUCAUCGUAUGGGAUCCAUGGUACGGACGCCGUUUACAUUUGAUAUCACACGCUCACAGUGUUAUACGAUAUGGGCAGUACGCCGACAUCGAGAUCACGGCGGCUUGCUUCGACGAUUCGGAGCAAUUUUUAGUAACUGGCGCAAGAAAUGGUUCAGUGAAAAUGUGGAAUUACAAUACCGGAAUCUGUAUACACGAUAUAAUGAUUGAUCAUCAAUGCGAAAUAACGAACAUCACAUGGUACGAAAAUCGAAUUCUGUGCUGCGGUUGGAAUAAACACGUGACAGAAUUAUCAAUUUUCGAAUCUGAUAUAUGCAAAAAGAAUUGGACGACCAGUCACACCGAUGACAUUCUAUGCUUGGCUGCAAGAUAUCCACAGCUAUUAGCUACCGGAUCGUACAACGAAGAAUUAAUUCUCUGGAAUCUUGAAACGGGCCAGCCUUUUAGAAAGUAUCAAGUGACUGAUGUUAAUAGAAGAAAAUUGACUCCAUGUGUUCAUCAAGAAUCAGCAUUGAACAUUGUUCGCGUAACUGCGGUACGCGCGAUAAUCUUUCUAGCAGCGCGAGAAACGAAACCUGAUGUCGGCACACUGCUGGUUGCUCUCGAUUCCGGUUUGAUACAAGUAUGGACGCAUCAUCCUGCGGCGGGAUUUUUAGGAGCUUUUUCAGUCAUACACACUGUCGGUGACUGUGCCACAUCCUUAGCUACUGAUCCUGAAAAUCAAUUUUUUAUAACAGGUCAUAGUAUAGGGUAUAUAAAAGUUUGGCUUCUUUCGAAUUACAUGCUACCAAAUCCACCAAAAAUUUGUAUGCCGCUACUGAGAUUAGAAUUCCCAUUUUUAUGGAAAGAUAAAAUAGACGGAAGAGCGAAGAGAGCAGUACGAAAUCAAAUGCUGCCACUUCUGCUGUCAUCUGUGCGUGGUCAUACACGGGGAAUUACUUCUCUUCAAAUUAUUUCUAGCGCGCGAGUGAUAAUCAGCGGUAGCGCAGAUCGCACAGUACGUUUGUGGAGUUAUGGAGGUCGUUAUAUAUCAACAUUAGGUACGUUUAGAGAUUGGAUCCCGAUUCUGCCUACUGUGCCCGUGCAAAAAUAUUUCGAGGAUUAUAAGCUUCCAGCAGACAUUAAGGGAUUUGCCAGUUCUACUACUUUGAAGGUAAAUUUGAAAAAAAUAUAUACAAGAACAAUGUAUACA